AUGCCAGGAGACCAUGGCAGCUCAUCCACUCUAGAAGACUAUGGCAGCUCAUCCACUCUAGAAAACUAUGAGAGCUCGUCCACUCUAGAAGACUAUGGCAGCUCAUCCACUCUAGAAGACUAUGGCAGCUCAUCCACUCUAGAAGACUAUGGGAGCUCGUCCACUCUAGAAGACAAUGGCAGCUCGUCCACUCUAGAAGACUAUGGCAGCUCGUCCACGCCAGGAGACUAUGACAGCUCGCCCACUCUAGAAGACUAUGGCAACUCAUCCACUCUAGAAGACUAUGGCAGCUCAUCCACUCUAGAAGACUAUUACAGCUCAUCCACUCUAGAAAACUAUGGGAGCUCAUCCACUCUAGAAGACUUUGGCAGCUCAACCACUCUAGAAGACUAUGGCAGCUCAUCCACUCUAGAAGACUAUGGCAGCUCAUCCACUCUAGAAGACUAUAGCAACUCAUCCACGCCAGGAGACUACGGCAGCUCGUCCAUGCCAGGAGACUAUGGCAGCUCAUCCACUCUAGAAGAUUAUAGCAGCUCGUCCACUCUAGAAGACUAUGGCAGCUCAUCCACUCUAGAAGACUAUGGCAGCUCAUCCACACCAGGAGACUAUGGCAGCUCAUCCACUCUAGAAAACAAUGGGAGCUCAUCCACUCUAGAAGACUAUGGCAGCUCAUCCACUCUAGAAGACAAUGCCAGCUCAUCCACUCUAGAAGACUAUGGCAGCUCAUCCACUCUAGAAGACUAUGGGAGCUCGUCCACUCUAGAAGACUAUGGCAGCUCGUCCACUCUAGAAGACUAUGGGAGCUCAUCCACUCUAGAAGACAAUGCCAGCUCAUCCACUCUAGAAGACUAUGGCAGCUCAUCCACUCUAGAAGACUAUGGGAGCUCGUCCACUCUAGAAGACUAUGGCAGCUCGUCCACGCCAGGAGACUAUGACAGCUCGCCCACUCUAGAAGACUAUGGCAACUCAUCCACUCUAGAAGACUAUGGCAGCUCAUCCACUCUAGAAGACUAUUACAGCUCAUCCACUCUAGAAAACUAUGGGAGCUCGUCACUUCUAGAAGACUUUGGCAGCUCGUCCACACCAGGAGACUAUGGCAGCUCAUCCACACCAGGAGACUAUGGCAGCUCACACAGGCCAGGAGACUAUGACAGCUCGCCCACGCCAGGAGAAUAUGGCAGCUCAUCCACUCUAGAAGACUAUGGCAGGUCAUCAACUCAAGAAGACUAUGGCAGCUCAUCCACUCUAGAAGACUAUAGCAACUCAUCCACGCCAGGAGACUAUGGCAGCUCAUCCACUCUAGAAGAAUAUGGCAGCUCAUCCACUCUAGAAGAAAAUGCCAGCUCAUCCACUCUAGAAGACUAUCAUCAUCCACUCUAG